UCUUUCCCGGAAUCAGACGUGCUCACGAGCGUUCGCCAGCUCGGUCUCGAUCGAGUUAAAUCUGCGUGACUUCGUGGCAAGUCUGGUACAUACAUAACGGGCCAGUUACAUCCAUCAGACUCAGCCCGCGCAUCGUAAUGUCGGUCAAUUAGGAUGGAAAAUUGAUCACACGGCACGGCGCGCGGCCGCGCCAAGUCUCGGCCGGCAUUCGACACGGCCGAAACGUAGUUAAUGACGGGGACGAAAUGACGACAGCGGGACCGAAGUGUUGGUCCCUUUCGUUCCGCGUGUCCGCAACGGCACGUGUAUCGCGUGGACGAAAAAUGCGGCAUGACGGUAUCGAAAGGCGAGAGCCAAACAUCUCGCUACGUCGAAAUCGGAUUGUCUUUCGUAAGCUUGCGAGAGAUAAUCCUGCCAAGUUACAGCAAAUCGAUCUACUCGCAAAUUAGAAAUGCCACCGAUCGUUAGACGUUCGACGAAACGUUCGCAGAUGAUCACAGGCAGUUCGAAGGAAUUCGCAGGAAUUGACGUCGAAGUCGCAAAUAUUUAAUUUGUAACAUUCGCGUGUAUUUAACGUCGGAUAUUUCUUACGCGCGGAUUACGCUCAAUCGAAUGGCCACGUGUCGCUUCACAAGUUAGCGUUCAGCUCCAAUCGAACUCGACGAUUGACUUUCGGAUAAGAUGCGCCAAUUUCUUUUUGAAGACACCGUGUAUAUCACCAUGGAGAAAACUAGGCUUUCUGCAAGGUGUCCACGGUUUGAAACUCGUGUGGAUGUGUAGGUGGGACCACUUCCCACACACGCGUAACUGGCACACCAGCGACAUUGUAACAUACCUGUUGCAAGGUCCGUCGCAUCGGAAAGACCUAAACUCCCGCCUCGAGAUUGGAGAGGCUUUUUUAUCUAUAUAAAAAAAAAUAACAAGAAGCCGGAGCUGUGAGCGCAGAGAGCUGCCUGUCUACGUAAACCCACAGUCGUGGACGACACCGAAUACGUUCGCGCGGAGUACAUCGAGGUCGCGUCAGGAUGCGAGUCCUGACUGUCCUGGUCCUCGGGCUGCUGGCUGCCUGCGCCGUCGAUGGUAGCGUCGUGCCCGAUGAAGCUCUAACUGCGAGCCUGCAGAACGCGUGGUACGAAGAUGAGUUCGUCAUUGCGUUAUCCAACUGCAACAGGGACAAGAGGAAGCACUCCGGCGGUGCGAUCGAGACCCUGUUGGCGGUCAAGUAUCGGGGCGUGAAAACGAAAAUGAUGCUCAUACUCGAUCGACGGACGAAGCGCGUUGUACUCGAGAGCCUGGACGAUACCGGGCGGCGCAGCGCCUCGCACGUCAACGUGGAUAGCCUUGCGGUGACCACCCCUCUGAAGAGUCUGAUUAUCCUCGUGCAUCAGAAGCAACCUAAUUCCCGCAUGGACGUGUACGUCGACUGCGUUUACGAAGGUUCUAUACCGCUCAAGCAAACUUUCCGCGACAUAGCCGAGAUCGAGGACAACUCGUUGGUGGAAGUGUUUAAAGAACGAAAAUGCCGAACGAAAUUGUAUCGGGCUGCAACCAUCACCGAGGUGUUAAGGAAAGAGCUAUGCCCCGACAAUUUAUCCGAUAUGAAACAGCCUUCGGUAUACGAGACCGAUCAACCGAAAGCACGACCUAUCGAUGAAGACGAUCCAAAGAAACCUAUCGAUCGAUCUGACGGGGCCGAAAGUGAAGAAGGGGGAUCGAGUAUACCGGAUAACGGCUUGGCAUCUUCCAGUGGCCCGAAACAUCCCUGGGAUCAUAAGAAACCUUCCGAUAGAAAGGACCACCAUCAUGCUCGUCCGAGCGAUCGGGAUCGACCUAAGAAGAAAGAUCACUCGGGUCAUCCACAAGGCAAGAGCAAACCAGAUAAACACAGCCCGUACAACUCUUUCGAUCCGUUUACUCAACCUGGGAAAUCGGACGAGACGGACGAUCUCGAUUACCCGGAUGGAUCUCUGUCGCUCACUCCACAAUCGCCUAAAGGACACCGACCCACCAAAAGACCACAUCAAUUUGGACCCUCUAAACGACCCGAUAGUCACUUAAGUUCGGGACCCGACAAUUCGGAUACGUAUGACUUGGACAGACCUGGACGAUCGGAUGAGACGGACGGUCUUGACCAUCCAAACGGAUCCCGUCCCCCACAGUUCACCUCGCAGCCUCCGCAUUUCACUGCGUCUUAUCAACCCACUAAGAAGCCUGGUCUCGCUAAAUCCGAUCAAGCAGGUUCGAGGCCCGGGAAAUCGGACAAACGACCCGGCGGUUCGAGUCCGUAUGGUUCUAAUAAGAAUCCUUCCCUAAUACCAGAUGAGUCUGAUGAGUCUGGAGCUCCCAAUAGUUCCAAGCGACCUGGUCGAAGUCCGUACUCCGGUGGUCCGUACUCCAGUCCAGGCCAAGAUGAAUACGAUUCGAAUCAGACGGACGUACCAGGUUCGGAUGAAUCGUCCGGCAAAAGAGUACCCAGGCGAGGCGACAUCGGGAUCCAGAGUUUGGACGAGCGAGUCUGCCAGACCGACGAUCAAAUCGUGAAGACCUUGAACGAAUUAAUCAACGCUACCAGGAAACUCUGGAGGGAACUGGAACUAAAUAGGAUGGAAACCCAGCAGCUUCGUCACUUGAUCGAAAACUGCUCGGCGUGUCGUACCGUGCCAACACCGCCGCCGUCCACGUGCGACCAUAACUCCCCGUGCUACCCCGGCGUCGAUUGCCGUAACACACCGAGCGGACCCCAGUGCGGACCCUGUCGUCGCGGUUACACCGGAAACGGGCGGGUCUGCACCAAGAUCCAUGUCAUCACCUGCAUUCAGCGGCCGUGCUUCCAGGGGGUGCGGUGUUACGACGACGACGAGAAUGGUUACAGAUGCGGCGGAUGUCCGAGCGGAUACGUCGGCGACGGCGUAAGAUGCGAUAGAACGAGAAAUUCCUGCGACCACCACCCCUGUCAUCCAGAAGUUAAAUGCUAUCCCACUCACAGUCCACCGUACUACAAAUGCGGCUCAUGUCCAUUGGGAUACGUGGGCAACGGCACGGUCUGCCUCGACGCGAACGAAUGCGAGCUGGCGCGACCCUGUCACCCUGGAGUGCGGUGCAUCAAUCUCCACCCUGGGUAUAGAUGCGACCGCUGCCCGACAGGCUACACGGGGCCAAUAACGGAAGGCGUCGGCGUCGAGAUGGCCAGGACGCGCAAACAGAUGUGCCAGGACAUAAACGAGUGCGAAACCAACAACGGUGGAUGCGAUCCCUAUUCCGAGUGUAUUAACACGGAGGGAUCCUACAGAUGCGGUUCGUGUAGAAGUGGUUACAUCGGCAAUCAAACAACAGGCUGUCAUCUUCAGCAUGACGUCUGUCCGGAUAUGAUAACGGUUUGCGAUGUUAAUGCCAAUUGCAUCUCCAUGUACAACAACGAAUUUGUAUGCAAGUGUCGCGUCGGUUGGGCCGGAAACGGAUAUUCUUGCGGUCCCGACAGCGACAGCGACGGCAUCCCCGACAGGAGCCUUCGCUGCCACGACCGUCGCUGUCACGCCGACAAUUGUCCGACUGUGCCGAACAGCGGCCAGGAAGACGCCGACGAGGAUGGGACUGGCGACGCCUGCGACGACGACGCGGACAACGACGGUAUAUUGAAUCUGUCCGACAACUGUCUGCACAUUUAUAAUCCGGACCAGAUGGACAGCGACAGCGACAAGAUCGGCGACGCCUGCGACAAUUGCCCGUUGAAUUGGAAUCCGCGUCAGGAAGACUUGGACGACGACGGCUCGGGCGACGCGUGCGAUAACGAUUUGGAUAAUGACGGUAUAUACAACACUCAGGACAACUGUCUCAAUAUAAAGAAUCCGAAUCAGCGCGACACCGACGCGGACGGCAUCGGCGACGUCUGCGACAACUGUCCUACCAUCAGCAAUCCUGACCAGGGAGACGUCGACGGCGACGGUGUCGGGGAUGUUUGCGACACCAACGCGGAUCGCGAUAGGGACGGCAUCCAGGAUGAUAAGGAUAAUUGUCCGGACGUGGCGAAUCCCGGACAGAACGACGGCGACCACGACGGCCUCGGCGACGAGUGCGACGACGACAUCGAUGGAGAUAACGUACCCAACAGAAGCGAUAACUGCCCUUACGUCUAUAACCCGGAUCAACGUAGCACACACAGAGGCAUUGGCGAUGCAUGCUGGAACGACAACGACAACGACACAGUUAUUAAUACCGAGGAUAAUUGUCCUAAUAACAGUCUAAUAUGGACAACGGACUUCCGUAAAUACUUUACGGUCGCUCUCGAUCCAUUUGGCACCACGCAGCAGGAUCCCGUGUGGAAAAUUCACAAUCAAGGUGCUGAGAUUCAAGAGCUUCUUAACAGCGAUCCCGGCAUCGCGAUAGGACCGGACACGAUGACUAACGUCGACUUCGAAGGAACCUUCUACAUCGAUAAUCACGACGACGACGACGAUUUCGUGGGCUUCGUCUUUUCCUACCAGGAUAAUCGACAUUUUUACGUUGUUUACUGGAAGAAGGGAGAACAGGUCUAUUGGGAGCCGGCCCCUUUCCGUGCCGAAGCUGAACCCGGGAUUAUAUUGAAGCUCAUCCAGUCCGAGACUGGGCCGGGCGAGAUGCUCCGAAAUAGCCUCUGGCAUAAGGAAGAUACUCCCAAUCAGGUGAGGGUCUUGUGGAAGGACCCGAGGAAGUUCGGCUGGCAGCCAAGAGUGUCAUACAGGUGGCAUCUAUUGCACAGGCCUAAGAUCGGCCUCAUCAGAUUCUGGUUGUAUCAGGGCACGCAACUGGUAACCGAUUCCGGGAACGUGUUCGACUCGACUCUGCAAGGCGGUAAACUAGGUGUCUAUUGCUUCUCGCAGGAGAUGAUCACCUGGUCGGAUUUAAUGUACAAGUGCACAGAUACCGUGCCUCAAACUGUAUGGGAUCAAUUACCUGAUAAUCUGAAGAGAGAAGUUGAGCUGGAAAUUGCUAGCAACUACCAACAGCAAACAAUACAGCGCAGAAUGAAUUACGACUUCUAAAAGGCUCUCGAUGAUUUAUUUUGUUGUUACAACGAGUAAACGAGGAGCGCGGGGAUCAAAUCUAAAUCUCCGUGAUUUUAAUUUUAAAAUAAUCGAGGAGCCACAAGCGAAUUAUAAUCUACUAUAAUAAAACGUCAAAAUAGCGUAUCUCUGACGCAUUUAAAUAAACUUAAUUUGCAUAAAUUUGAAAUUUUAUGAUAAAUUUUGUAUAUUUUAUAUAUAUAUAUAUAUCUAGAAGUCUUGUAUAACAAAGAUAUUUAAUAUUUCACAAAAUGACAAAUAUGUUUCUCCUACUUAACCCAUUAAUUUUUAUUGUAUUUAGAAAAAGAUUGUAUUAUCUCAAUUUCGAUAUUACUAUAAAACCAAACGUACUUACCUUGUGCAGAUGUAGAGAAUAAUACAAAGUCACAACAAUACGAUUAAUAUGUAUGUUAACUUAUAGUCUGAGAUGUAUGGAAUCAUAAUGAUUUUAACGAUCCAGCAUUUAUUUGUAUCUCUCUAAGGUGCAACAAAAAUUACUUUCGUAUUUAAUAGAGCAAAAUAAAGUAAUAAUCGUCAAUACUUAAA